UUUAGAUUGAGCUGAGAUGAACCAGUAACCACCAGAUCCUUGAAUGCACCACGAUUCUUUCACUUUCCUAAAUCUGAUCAUAACUGAAAGAGUGUUUGCCAUCUUGCACCAACCUGUCAGGAUAGGAUCUGAGGGGAUCAAGGGCCACGCUUACUUUCCCCAUAGUGCAGGACCAGACAAGAACACUGAUUCUCCUUUGAAGGGUUGAGGGCUGGGAGGCUGGGGGUCUCCUAUGCCUAGUCAUGCCCAUCUGGGGAGGGGGCUCUGGGGGCAUGGCAUCUGGAGUGGCUGCUAUAGGAAGCAUCAGAGGACUUCACCAUGCUGCUAGUACCCAGAAGUGUGUUUGUGUCAAGCUCUGGGAUGGAGAAUUACAACUCAAUGUGGAGGGAAAGGCCAAAGUGCAAGAUUUGUAUGACCAAGUGUGCUUUAUGCUGUCAAUAAAGGAAGCUCACCUAUUUGGAUUGACAAUUUUACGAGAAAAUGGAGAAUAUGAAUUUUUAGAUCUGAAGACUAAGAUUUCAAAGUAUGCGCCAAAGGGAUGGAAGUCUGACUCUAAUGAUGUAAGUUUGAUGAGAUAUAUCAUAUUCUUUAAAUUGGAGGCAGGAUAAAAUGCAAAUAAAUGAUUUGAUAAAUCUAAUACCCACAUGUCUCUUCAUUUUUAAAUGUGGCCUAUAGAGGACUCCAUCAAUGCUGAACAUUAAAUAUAUAUAUAUUUUUUUACUUUUGACAUGUAUCCCCCUAUGUGUCAUGUUAUAAUCCAUCACUGUGAUUAUCCAUUGGCACUCCAUAUUAUUCUGGUGUAUUGAUUAUGUUUGCAAACAACCUAUCACUAUAAAUGACAAUUUUAAAUAGUAAGAUUGUGAGCGAUCUAUGGAAGUUAAUAAAGUUUGAGCUUUUCUUUCAUCAAGAUUGUAAGAUGUGAAUGGAUUACUGAAAUUGGGCACAUAUUUGUGUAUGGGUGAAAUUAGGGGGUUUACAGGAGAGGACUGUUGAAUAGUUAUGUCUUUGUGUUGUUGAUGCUAAAUUUAAAUUUCCCAGCUAAGCAAGUUAAAAUUAAGCGCAUUGAGUAAUAGUUUAAAGAAGAGUGAUUGCCCAAGCUAGCAAAGAAAGGCUGAAAAUUGGAUUGGCAGAGAGGAGUGAUUACCUGCAUUUACCAGGAUUGGUCUGGGAAUGAAUGAAGAUGGUAUAAUGAGAGACGGUAGAUAUUUGUCAGAGAGGGAAAAGUAAGUGACUUGAUGAAAAAGGGAAAGUAAAAAUCAUAACGGAAGGAAAGUAGAAUUGUGAGCUGUAUUGGAGUUAGGUAAAGUUAAUUAAGUAUUUCCAGAAGUCGAACGAAGCACUAUAAUCAAUCUAGUAUGAGCAAUAUUUAUGUAAUCAUAAUUCACAAUCAUGUUUAAGUAGAUAUAGAUCCAAUACUUCUCAUUGCUUUAUACAUUGUGGGCUCCAGACUCAGAAAUAAAGAGCAAAAACCAAGUUGUCUCACUGAACAAUUAUUUGAAAAAGUCUUUGAAGGAAAGAGAAUGGUCAUCAUGUCAUCACUGUAAUGCUAAGCUUCCUAUUUUGUUAGAAUUAUUUUUGUGAUCAUUGCCAUAUAUCUGAACUUUAUUAUUAUUUCAUAAGCUCUAAUGGAUAUUGUGCUAAAAUUAUAAUUAUGUCAAUUUAUCUGUUUUAAUUUAAAAGCAUGAGUUUAAGUAGAAAUAAGUAGAAAUUUCAGUAGAAAUUCCACCCAUGAUUUCUGGAGAAUGGGUACAAUGUAACAACCACUGAUGACCUAAACUUGUGUAUUAGCACUAGACUAGGGCCCCUACCUUUCAGGUGUGCAAUCUCAGAGUAAUUUAUAAUACAUGAAUUUGUAGGCAAAGAUGUCUCUUAUCGGUUUUUCAAUUGGGAAGUGUGAUUCUAGUAUUUAGAAAAGCACUAAUUUCUAAUCUAGGCCUACCCUGCAUGCUUUGAAUUUGAUGAGGAAAAACAAGAUCAGAAUCUUAGUUUUGCCUUUGUCUUUCUACUGACAAACUCAAAACAAGAAAAUUCAGAAAAUCGUUUUUGAAGACAAACCAAAACUUUAUUUGACAUUUAACCUUUCUAAUUAUGAGAUUAGUUUUAUUUUGUUGUUAUUCAUUCUUUUUAUUUUUUUCUCUUUCCUUGGUUUAUCAUUAGAGUGUGAAUGGAGCCAUGCUUAAAAGGAAUGUACUUAAUGACCAACAAACCUUAACAAAGAUCUGUCAAUCAAUAGCACAUACCAUAGUGAUGAUGUCACAAUAGUGCCCCAUCCCCCUUCUAUCCAAUUAUAAAUAACCAAAGAGUAGUCUGGGGUCUAGUCUCAGUAGUAUACAAAUAGAAGAGAUCUCCCAUGAUAAUUUCUUAUACUUUUUAUCAAAAAAAUCAUUUUAGAAAUGUGUCAAAUUAAACAGAUACAUUUUAUUUUUUAAAUCUGUAUUGUAGGCCUGUAUUGGUUCAGGUAAAUGUUACCUACUAGUUUAUCAAGGAAUUUUUUAUGAAUCCCGAUUGUAUUUUUAGAACCAAAUUCUUGACUUCAGUUUUC